AUAGGUUUUAAACAAAAAGCGUCAAAAUGGCUACCAAUGUCUCCAGGGAUGAGGACAAAGAAAGAGCCAUUGCAUCUUGGAAGAGCAAAAAUGAGGCAGCAAGAAAGGGAGAAAUUUUGAGAGAGGUUCAAAAAUUAAAAGUUCAGAUCCAGGCGAUGGAGCGGGAGAAGUGCACGCACCUGUACAGCAAGCGGAGCGACUUCAGGCAUGAGUUCACACAGCUCGAGGAACUUGACUCCACCAACAACAACGAGAGAAAGACAGAACAGGUCAAACUUAAACAGCAGCUGGAGAAGAUAAGCCACAUGGUGAAGCGAUUUCACAGGGAGCUUCGAGAUGUCAAACCUACCCCAGAGUUUGUUGAAAGACUGAAGAUGAUCAUGGAAGAUAUAGAGGCAACUAUUAAUGCCUUCAAGGAGCAGCAGAGAAAACAGUAUGAGGCAAUGCUGCUUGAGGAGCGCACCACCGAGCUUGAGGUGCAGGCACUGGAGAAGAAAUUUGACUCGUGGACACAGUUAGCCGCAGCCACCCCCUCAAACACCCGCCCUGGACAGCACAAGCCCCUCGCCACUGCCCGCGAUGUUACCAAAGACCUUCCACCAGAGGUUGCAACUUUUGAGAAAUUUAUGGAGCAGUCUGGUGGUAUGCGGGGAGGCUGGGAUGAAUACGACCACCAGACCUUCCUUAAGUUCCGACAGAGAUACCAGGGUAAAGCGGUGUUUUUGGAGCAUGUGUUGCCGGCGUUGCCGACACGGACAGAGGAGGAGAUUCAAGAGCAUGAGGAGUGGUACCAGGAAUACCUCUUCCUCAAUGAGACCAAGAAACAGGCCAUCAAACACUGGCGUCAGCGCAAGGAGGAAGAAAAGGAUGAGCUGUUGUCGCGGGCGACAGAAGAGGCAGACGAGGGGACAGAUGAUCGACAGGAGAAACUCCAGGAACGCAUAGAACAGGAGCGCCGAGAACGCAAGUCAAAGCUCAAUGCUUAUAAGGUGCAGAAGGAGUUGGAGCGAGCCCAGGCGGAGGAGAAGAAACUCCGCCAGCAGCUAGAGGAACAAGAGAAAAAGAAGCAGUGGAAGCAAAAACAGGAAGAACUGCGUUCAAAAGUGUGGGAGCACAAACGGCAGCGUGAUGAGGAGGAGGCAUCCCUACGGGAACAAGAGCUGGCCUGGGAACAUGAGGAAAGGGAGAGGCAGAAACAGCUCUCUGCCAGGGAGAUAGCAAAGUUCAGGUCUCGGGAUGAAAUGGCAUUGCGCCAACGUCUUGCAAAAGAGAAAGAAAAGGAACAAGCUGCCCGCGAGAAGGAGGAGCGACUAGAAGCCCUCAGGUCUCAGGUCCAUGUGGAAGUGCCCCGGGACCCUAGCAGACUGUUAAAGCCGACAGCCGGCCACAAUGCCCGCGUUAAAGACAAAAGCUCCUCUGGUGGCCAGGUCCUGCACAAUGUCAUGCCUCAUAGGGCUAUACCAGCGUGGCGGCAGGGACCAUGACAACAGGAAGUCUCUUUCACCAUGUACAGCACAACAUUAUGUUGAUUUAUUUAAAUAUAUUUAUAAUAAAAUGUCAUAAAAUUG